GGAGUUGUAGUCCUUCAUUGCGAAUGUAGACAUGGCGGCCUCCAUGGCAGAAAGUUGUAGGGCGUCCCUGUACCUGGCCCAGAGCGUCCGAAUGGCCAGGCUACGGCUUGCUGCCCUCGCGUCUGAUGCCUGCCUUGUCCGCACGGGCCCAAGCCGAUUUCAGAGCACCGGGCCUUCCGAGCCCGGUGGGUUCAAGCCACCGCCGAAACCUGUCAUCGUGGACCGGCGCCGAACCCCAGACGACGAGAGAAGGUUCCUGAGUCCUGAAUUCAUCCCUCCAAGGGGGAGAACAAACCCUCUGAAAUUUAAGAUAGAAAGAAAAGAUAUGCUAGACAGGAGAAAGGUGCUUCGCAUUCCAGAGUUCUAUGUUGGAAGCAUACUUCGCGUCACCACAGCUGACCCCUAUGCCAGUGGAAAAACCAGCCAGUUUCUGGGGAUUUGCAUCAAGCGAUCAGGGAAUGGGCUCGGGGCUACUUUCACCCUCAGGAACACGAUUGAAGGACAAGGUGUGGAGAUUUGCUUUGAACUGUAUAAUCCUCGAAUCCAGGAGAUCCAGGUGGUGAAGUUAGAGAAGCGACUGGAUGAUAACCUGCUGUACUUACGGGACGCCCUUCCCGAGUACAGCACCUUUGACAUGACUAUGAAGCCAGUCCCACAUGAGUCCUGCGAGGAAGUGCCUGUUAACAAGCUGAAAGUUAAAAUGAAGCCAAAGCCCUGGUCCAAACGCUGGGAACGUCCAAAGUUCAACAUUAAAGGAAUCAGAUUUGAUCUUGCUUUAACUGAAGAGCAAAUGAAAGAAGCCCAGAAGUGGAACAAGCCAUGGAUUGAGUUUGAUAUGAUGAGAGAAUAUGACACUUCAAAAAUUGAAGCUGCAUUGUGGGAAGAAAUAGAAGCAUCAAAGAAGUCUUGAUCCGGAGCCUGGUGAAUGGCUCAGCAGGUGAACAUGCCUGUUGCUCAGGCCUGAAGCCCUGAACUCAACUCUGGAACCCGGGGUGGAAGGCGAGCACCCCUUCUAGGGCACACCCUUGCAUAUAUGGACCGCAAUUAGACACACACUUAAAAGUAUCUUCCUUUUAAGCCCUUGUUCUGACAAUGCCUUUGGUUAAUGUAUUGGCUCUCAGGAUUUGGUUGGAACGCCAUUAAGUUUGCUUUGUAAGAACACAGUGAUUAAACGAGCAUUCCUCACCUUUU